GUUUGACAGCGCCUUCUGUCCGUCGUCGCCAGCAGUGUCAGUCGAAGUCGUUGCCUCCGCAAUGAAGCGCUCACGCGCUGAUCUUCAAGGAGAUGAUUGCCAGCGCAUGUUGGGAUGAAACGGGUGGCGACUCCCUUCAAGAGGCGCGAGCCCUCUAAUCUACGUCCUCGCGUUAGCCUCGAGACAGAAACGUUUCUUCUUGCUUGUCUCUUUCCCUCACCAUGUCUGCUGCGGUUCAGGUGGUCGCUGCGCCGCAAGUCGUGUUCCCGGCCCCUCCCCCGACGAGCAACGUCCUCACCCCGCGCCAGCGCGCGCAGCUUGUGCGCACGACGAAGAAGCUAGGCCGCAUUCUGGGCGUUGCGCCGAGGGUUUUGGACGCGGAGAAUGUACCCUUCGACGCGGUGCAGCAUCGUCAUGCACCGACUGGACAUGUUCCAACCUUUUCUAUCGGUCGGUCAGCGGCGCAUUGCCGUAGCGAGUCUCCGUCGAGCGCUCGCACGCCCCAACCCGAUAGCGCAGCUGUACCGGUGCUUCGCCUCGCGCUUGCCACGGGGCCGCAUCCUCCUCAAUUGCAGCCUGCCUCGCCUCGGGCGCAUUCUUUUACCCUCGUACCCUCUGGUCGACCUGCAAGGAAGGGAACCGCUGCGGUGAGGGCGAACGUGGCUGGGAAGGAGAACGCGGCCGGCGGCAAGGCGUCCGGAAACGCCCUUCGCCGGCGGAAGCUGGACCGGUUGCGCCACACGCUGGGCGAGGGCGUCCCGCAGGAGUUGAUCUUCCCGUCUGGAGAGCGGUCCGACUCGUCCUCGAUGUCGAUGUCGUCGGGAGGGAGCUCUCUGACCUGUGUAACCCCACCGCGCGCGACGACCAGAACCUCAUCCGAGGGCAUGGACUGCUGUGAUCCGCAGGACGGUGGAAAACCGCCUCCGCGCCCCUCGACCGCGCUUGGCAUGCGGAGCGUCACCGACGACGUCCUCCGCGCGAUGUGCUCGACGCCUGACCUUCUUGGCGCGUCCUGGUCCGAUGCGGUCGAUGACGAGCCAGAGAUGGGACCGCCAAUAUGGCUGGCCUCGGAAAUGCCUCCUUCCUGGACAGCCGCGGCGGAGCUCCCACCCGCUUGGCCUGCGUGGGGCAUCCCCUCUGCCUCGGACGUCGAGUCCGCUUCGGAUUUCCCGUCUGGUUCUGGGUCGCCUGAUCGUUUGGGGUCGCCAAAUGCGUCCGGCCUUCCUCCAGCGUGGACAGCCUCCGUCGACCUGCCUCCUGCAUGGUCGGCAGACUACAGCGCGCCCCCGGUCUACCCCACCCCCGGUAUACCUGCGAUCUGGUGCGCACCCGGGUUCCCGCAGACAACGACGCGACUGGACGCGAUCAUGGAGAGCGAUGACGAGGAGCCGUAGCUGGGUCGUCCCCUCUCUUUUCUCGACUCUCUUCCCUGCGCGCCUCGCCUCAGCCUUAGCCCACUGCCCCUCCUUGUUAUUAUCCCAUGUAUCCUAUCCUGCGCAAUUGCUCACUGCUAUCAACUCUUUGUGGUCAGCUUUAGUCUGCUAUGCUUCACCCUACCUUACGGUCUCAAUCGUCUUUAUUGUGUUCACUGAUUAAUCGUAAUACUAGUAGUCACCUUCGUUAUACUUAUUCACCUAUGCGUUCCUUCUGUUGUACUCCUGAUAUACUCUAGUCGCUCGUUCUAUGAUAUCAGCUAUGCCCAGAAAAUACUAGCGCGCGAAUAAUU